AUGAAUUCUCGCGAGCACUCUGAUAUGCCUCCGGCACCCUCCUACCCGUCGCCCAAUGCGGCGCAAAUGGGUCAGGGUACGAUGCAGUACUACACAAACCGUCAGUUAACCACCGACGAGCUCCUAUCCGCAGAGCUUUCGCGCGAAAACUCUGGGCCCGGCAUCAAUGACGGCUCGAGUAAUGGCGUUCAUCACGGCCAAUCGAUGGUUUUGGGCUCGUCGAACGCCACGGGCGCUGACAUCGGCCGUCCGCCUUCUCCGGAUCAGCACCAACAACAGCAGCACAUGCUUUCAUUCCCGCCGAGCCAACAGGUGGGCGUUGAUCCGAACCAUGAUUUAAGCUAUGGAGACCAGAGUGCCAGGCGAAAGCGGACGAAGAUCUCAAGGGCUUGCGAUGAGUGCAGGCGCAAGAAGGUCCGCUGCGAUGCAAGCUCCGAAUCUGGUGUCGAGACAUGUUCAAAUUGCCGCCGGCUGGGCGUCGUUUGUCAAUUCAGCCGUGUCCCAAUGAAGCGUGGUCCGAGCAAAGGAUACAUUAAGGAACUUGCAGAACGAUUGCAUACCCUCGAGACCUUUAAUGCCUCCAUCUCAUGGACCCAGCCACUGACUCCACUAGAUGCGGGUGAAAACGCGACAGAUCCUUUCAACCCGGCGGUCGUCGCUGGUUCAGCGCCGAAACCUGGUAACCUCUUCUGGGCUGGCAAUGAUAGCGAUCUUCCUGCCGGACUUGACAUUCCCGAUAUGCCAAAGCACGACGAAGAUAUGACACCGUUGAGUGUCGACGAAGGUGCUCUCAAUGCUUACUAUGAGAAGGUUCACUCGAUCCUUCCCAUACUCCCAAACACGAAGGACAGAUUACUGGGGCUUCUUCAUCAAUGCAGUCGCGAGGUGCAGGAGAUAUUCCUGUACAGCCUAUAUACCUUGACGCGAGUCGACAUCGAUCGCCUGGCCGGCACGUUUGAGAGGGUUACAUCGUAUGACAAUGCGCAAGACCUUCUGCUAUAUUAUACUCGACAGCCGGCCCUAGUGCGAUCGACAGGCGUUAACCUAAUAUGGCUACAGAGCAUACUACUCAUGAUCCUCGAUUGCGAUUCGCGAGGACCUGAUAAUUUCGUGCUGAAGGAUGGCAUCCCAAAGCAGACAUUGAUCCAAUCUGCCACCAAGCUCGGCGCGGAUUUGGCGAAAAGCCUCGGCCAAUUGAAGGCCAAACGGACUACGGAUCCUGAUGUUGACUCGGAAGCGAACCUCGCUAGGCGUAGUUGGGUAGCUUUGGCAAUCCUGACACGCUGGUAUGCUGUUAGUGUCGCUGACACAAGUGUUCUCGGAACGCAUGAGAUCGGUGGUCGUGAGGAUGAAAGAGUUGUCGGUACAGUGGCAGCAGGGAUUGCGUCAUAUUCCAGCUUUUUAAGUGAAAUCCUCACUCUAGCUGCAGCUGAACCUAAUGUCUGCCAGUCCAACACUGGCAUUGGGCGGGUAAUCUCUGCGAAUUUGGCAGCUUCAUUGGAACGACUUUCUGGACUUGAUGAUUUUCGAGGCACUUCCGAAGAUGGCUCCUAUGGUUUCGUCGAGAGUCUGCAGAAUCAGUUGUACUGGACGACCAGACUCCUAAUCAAACGACACAUCUUCGUCUACAGCCCCUACGAAAUCAUAUUCAGUGCUGAAGAGGUCAUCAAUGAGUUACACAAGGCGACGACACAGUCUCGUCAAUCUACCCCCUUCGAUCUUCACAGUCUGGCUUUGGCAACGAUGACACUUCUAGAAGCGUCCGUUCUCCCGGAGCAUGCGAAUGAAUGCUGGGAUGCUCUAAGUAAAGUUGAGGAGAUUCUCGACCUCCGCCAAAAGCGCGCUCUGCAACGCACAGAAUUUGGUGAUAUCUUCCACACCGAAAGCUGGGAUGCGAAGAUCCGUCUCUUCCUCGAAUGGAGGCGCACGAAAUCGCAAGAAACUCAGCUCCACGAUCCGAACCUUGGCAAAGCCGAGUCUGCACCGCCCCCUGUUGUUGGCCCGAACGAACAGCGCUCCCUCCAGCAUCUUGCGGACCUUGCUGUCGGUGCUGAGGGCUCUGUAGCGGCAAAUGCAUCGCCGCCACCUCCCUCCGCCAUUCCGUCGACGGAGAAUCAUCACAUGCCUGCUGCAUCGCCAAAUCUUGCUUCGGCCCCACCGCCACAGGGCCGCAUAGUGGUCGAUUUCACCCUCCUGACGAAGGAGGGAUAUCUCAACGUUUUCGCCGGGUUGAUCUAUCGACGGUCUCGGUAGGCGUCCGCUUAGUUGCGGGUAAAAUUGGUACCUCGCUCAUCUUGUCUUCACCCUCUCCAGCAGAGAAAGGUUGUCACUUCUCUCGAUAUUUUCGAAACGUCCAUUUUUCUUCUAAGUCUGUAGAAAACAAAGGAUCGAUCUCCUCUUCUUGCAAACUAUGUAUCACGCUGAACUCUGUACUCUAGCUAUUCAUCCUGAUUUUACACGAGCUCCUCGAUUAUAUUCUUACUCCGUCCUUCUAAAAUAUUCUAGGUAUCAUUACCACAAUCUGAAAUUGGAAUGAUGCAA